GGGUUAGAGGCCACGGGGCGGGAGGUGGUGACGCGCGCGGAAGCGGCCGGUGCACCCACCCGAGCCCGCGGGCAGCAGGGCGGCAGCGGCCACGGCCGGGCGCCCCGAAGGGUGGGGCCCCGGGUCGCUCGAGAGCGGCUGAACCCCCGCGGCGCCGCCGGCGGCCCCAUGCGUCGGGGGACCAUGCCUCAGCCCGGAGCGUGGCCGGGCGCGAGCUGUGCCGAGAAGCCGGCGUGGGAGGCGGGGGCCGCGGCACCGGAGGGCGGGAAGGCGGCAGCCGGCGGGCCGCCGCGGGCCGCGAUGCGGUGCGCAGCCGAGCACGAGGAGGACAUGUAUCGUGCAGCGGAUGAAAUAGAAAAGGAGAAAGAAUUACUUAUACAUGAAAGAGGGGCAUCAGAACCCAGAUUAAGUGUAGCUCCUGAAAUGGAUAUCAUGGACUACUGCAAAAAAGAAUGGAGAGGAAAUACACAAAAAGCAACAUGUAUGAAAAAGGGCUACGAGGAGGUGUCUCAGAAAUUCACCUCCAUAAGACGAGUCCGUGGAGAUAAUUACUGCGCGCUGAGGGCCACGCUGUUCCAGGCCAUGAGCCAGCCGGCGGCGCUGCCCUCCUGGCUGGAGGACCCGGAGCUCACGCUGUUACCAGAGAAACUCGUGAGCAAAUACAGCUGGAUCAAGCAGUGGAAACUUGGACUGAAAUUUGAGGGGAAGAGCGAGGACCUGGUUGAUAAAAUAAAGGAGUCCCUUGCUUUGCUGAGGAAGAAGUGGGCAGGCUUGGCUGAACUGAGAACUGCCGAGGCGAGGCAGAUAGCUUGUGAUGAACUGUUCACCAAUGAAGAAGAAGAGUACAGCCUCUAUGAAGCUGUAAAAUUUCUAAUGCUGAACAGAGCCAUUGAACUAUAUGAUGAUAAAGAGAAGGGAAAGGAUGUCCCAUUUUUCUCUGUGCUUCUGUUUGCUCGGGAUACAUCAAAUGACCCUGGACAGCUGCUGAGGAACCAUCUAAACCAGGUGGGACACACUGGUGGCCUUGAACAGGUUGAAAUGUUCCUUCUGGCCUACGCCGUGCGCCACACCAUCCAGGUGUACCGGCUCUCCAAGUACAGCACCGAGGAGUUCAUUACCAUCUAUCCCACCGACCCACCCAGGGACUGGCCGGUGGUGACCCUGAUCGCCGAGGACGAUCGGCACUACAACAUCCCCGUCCGAGUGUGUGAGGAGACAAGUCUGUGAGAGACGCACCUGGACAGCCUGGCCACCUGGCCAAGGUGCGUGGGCACUCCUCGGCUCAGCCUGCGGGUCCCCUAGAAUGACCUCUGAGGACUCUUGGGCCCUGUGAGCCAGGCUGGACAGUGAUGUUCUGAAGACUGGAUUUUAGGAAUGAACCAAGCUUUCCCUUUAUCUGAUGCAGCAUGUUUCAGUUGGGGCCUUCAGAGCAUACCUAAUGGUAAACAGGCUUUCAUUUUUUUUUUUUUAAAGGUAGUAAUGUUUUUGUUUUGGAGGUAUUGGGUCUCAGCAGUGCCCUUCCUAUGCCAUCAGCUUCCCUAGUAGAAUUCUGGGGCAGAGUCUGUUAGUGGCGUGGCCUCUGACGGUCUCAUCGAGCAGUGGUUUGGAUUUAUAUGUUCAUUAAAGCUAUUUUAAGCAGAUUGUCUUAUAGAAGAUCAAGAAUUGGGUCCAAAAGUGAGUUACUUAACGGCUGGAGAAAGAGGUGCCAGAGGAGGCAGUGGCACCAGGACACCCUUGCUCUGCAGGAACGUGGCAGGCGCCUGAGCUGGCGGCUGCGCUGGCGCGAGUGGUGGGUGGUCAGUGGGGGAGUGCUACUUACAGUUGGUCCCUAGGGUCAGGGGUGUUGGUUAUUCUCCACUUCUGUAGAUUCACCACCUCAUAGUCAGAACAAGGUUAGAUCCACCUGCUUUUUAGAGGAAACCAAGGCCAGAUGACUCAGGCACUCAGCUGGGUUCAGAAGGAGGGAUGAGCUGGAUCCAGGACUUCCCGUGCCCUUUUCAUGCUGUUUUUUGCAGAGUGCUCUGUGCCAAAGUCACGUAACUCAUCUGCUUCCUGGGGAUGAGUAACCACAAAGCGGCUAAGGUUCUUCAUUAGUAAGUUUAGGCAGAAGCCUGUUCUGAAACAGUGCAAGAGCAUGGCUGAGCUGUAUCUGCCCUGUUCGGUUUGGGAUGCCUGGGGGAGGGUGUUCUGGCCACCCACGAUUGCCUGCAUGGCCCAGGCCAGGUGGUGCCUGUGGGUGGGGCAGGGCAGCCCAGCUGCGCAGGGUCUGUGAUGGGGCCUGAAUCAUCCAUGUGGACAUUGUUCCCAGGAACCAGUUGUGUCACUCUGUAGGACUCCCUAUCAGUGGCACCUGAAUCGGCUCAGUAUUUGUGGAGGUGCUGUUACCCUGAAGUACCUAGUUUUAUUUUAUAAUUAAAAUCUUUUAUUUGGUCCAACUUAAUAUAGUUUAUAAGCUAUCUGCUUUUUCUUUUCCCCCAGAGGGAAAGAUGUACCUUUUGCGAAAAUGUAACUUUUGCUUUCACUUAAAAAUUAAAAUUUUUGGUUGAGAAAACUCUGAGGACACAUAAAAACUAUGCAGACUGUUGCAAUAGUAUUUUCCCCAUUACCUCAUCAAUAAUAUUCACCACAUUUUGAUAGAUGCAUAUUCCCUGGAGUGUUUGAAUCCACUUCUUCUCUGAAUGUGAGUGAAUGUGUUAGAGAGGCUUGUUUUUCACUGUGAAAUGCAACAGUGCCUCAAAUAAGGAGGCACCUGGAAGGCAAAUGAAGGUAAUGAUGACUUCUUGUUAGUUCUGAUGCUUCGUUUUAUGUAACCUCAUUUUCAUGUAACUUCCAUUCAUUCUUGAACAUUUUUAAAAGCACAGCUUCACACCCUCAGGCUGCACAAGGCCGUAGGGUCUGUGUCCGUCCAACUGUUGGCUCAUAGCCCCUGUUGAGUUUAAUAAUAUUCGUAAUCAUCUGCCUUUGCACUUUGAAAAUGUUGUAGUCUUAGUGAACCAGAACGGAGCUUUUGGACAAUCGAAUUGUUUACAUUUCAUACUUUUUUCUUGUUCCUCUGUGUGGUAUUGUUGUCUUAACUACCACAUUGAUAGAAAUUCAAAAGGAUGCAUUGCAGUUGCUUUCUAUCCCAAGGCUCUGCUCUCAGAUUGUCAUCCAGGCUUAGAGGGAUCAUAGCAUCACAGAAGACAAGUUUUCAAAGAAAUGGUACUUUAGGAAAUUUAGAUGAUUGGAUAACUCUAAAAAUAUAUUUUGUUGCAGCAUGCAAUUACAGUUGUCUAGAGUUUUAAUUCCAUUUCUCAUUCCUGGACUUGACCUGGUCGGGUGAUGUCAGCAGAACUGAAAUUGAAUUGAGGCCGAAGUGGAUUCAGGAGGGUAAUCUACCUAGAGGGAUCUCUAAAAUGAUAAAGAGUGUUCCAGAAGAAGGAAAGUAGCAGGAACUACCCUGUGCUUACUUUUCCAACCCAGAGUUUAUUGUAAGAAUUCAGCAGUUUGAGGCCCUGUGGUCUUGGCAGAAAGAAAAUGUCUGCCUUAAGCAGGUAUGAGUUAUACCUUUGAGGGCAUAUAAGGUGCCUUAAACCUAAAGUUUCCUGUCACAAAUUCUGUGGAAUUAACACUGCUCCUUUAGGACUUUUUCCGCUCCUCUCCUCUCCUGCUAAGCUACUUCUGCAUUUACAGAAUCUGUUGAUUUCGCCCAUACACAUGGCACAGGUGAUGGCAGCAGUAGAAGACAAGAUGGCAGUGUGUGGUCUUUCACUUGCACUCUAGGCAUAGAUGGGAUUCGAUCUGAAAUGUCAGUGCCUCUUCCUUAGAGUACAGCGUGUUUGAAAAUGGUUUGAACGCACAGAAUGGAAUUGACCCUGCUCUCUUCCUAUAGCCAUUUACGCUUUUAUUAUACUGUUAUGUAUUUGGCUAAUGUCUGAUGAGAAUUUUCUUUGAUUGUGAGAAACAGACAUUGUAUUCUUUCAUUUUUCUCUUCCCCUCCAGUCCUAGAGCUUAUCAGGUAAAAUCUCAGGCCACGUGAAUCUCACACUUCCGUUGGAAGGAACGCCUUAAUUGGUUUUUGUGUGUUUUUCUUCUUUGUUUGUUUGUUAAGAGGCUGUGUUGUUCCUCCUGCCUUCUUCACCUCAAGGUGCUGUUUUACCUAAGAGUUUGUUGUCUGCUUUUUGAAGAGUUUCCAGAUAAUGACUCUUAGGUGCUGUGUCACCUUUAAUGAUCUAGCGCUCUUAGCAUCUCAGCAUCGGAGUAGGACUCAAGUAGACUUCCAGACUUUGUCUUCAUUUUGAUGUUAAAGUUUGAUUAUUUCCUCUCUAUCUGUCUUGAGCUAGACUUCGUAGGUACCCCCCUUUGAAAGGCAGGAAGCAUUUUCAGAAGUAUAAACCUCCAGGGAAUCUUCUUUAUAGGCAUACCAAAAAAAAAAAAAAAUACAUAAAUGCCUUUUUGAAAAGAUCUGUGACUACUGAAAAACAAUAAACAGGAGUGUGUGUGUGUGUGUGUGUGUGUGUGUGUGUGUGUGUGUGUGAGUGAAUCUGAAAUGUGUGUGAAAGGCAGGAAUCCCCAAAUGGUUGACAAAGGCAGGGCAUGGUGUCAUGUAAUUUCAAAAUGACCCAAGGAACUGUAAGAAGUGAACUGAAGAAGGAGGGACUGAUUUUAGGUGAAAAAAUGCCUUUUUAAAAGCAAAACAGCAGAUGCCUGACAGACCUUCCUGAUUUAAGUUGUAAAAGGUUAAAAAUCUGAACCAGUGGAAAGACUUCUGUGCUUGGAUUCUGCAAAUUCCUUUUUCCAAAUUUUAAGUCCCCUGUUGAACAGAAAUAGAAUACAUGAUGCCUAACUCUUUGGGGGAGCCUCCUUGGUGGUCUCUCUGGAGGGGCUGGAGAGACCAGGGCACCCGUGCUGAGUUAUACGGUGAAUAAAGACACGGGAUACUGAUGAUUAAUGCUUGUGUGAUCCAGUUAAUAAUGUGGAGCCACGAAAAGCACAAAACUAUGCUGGUUUGGCUGCCCCACCCUGGCAGCUGUAGCAGUAGGGGCAGGGUAGGUUCGGCUGGCCAUGACCAGAAGAGCUCUGUGUGUGUGUGUGUGUGUGUGUGUGUGUGUGUGUGUGUGUGUACGUGUACACGCACGCGUGUGCACCUGCCUGCUAGUCUGCAGGCACACUGUAAAAUUCCUGUGUGUGAGGUCCCACAACAUGAGGCCCAGCCUCAUCUGGGAGGGUGGAGGUAAUCUGCCCCUUUGCAUUUGUGUUCAUGGUAAAUCGAAAUUUAUUACUGGGAAUGGUAGAAUGGGUUAAUACAAGGUAUAAUUAAACUAUAUGGAGUGGUCAUUAAGUCUGUUAAUUGUAUUGAAAUGUCAUAUCAGCAAGCCAUUUAUUAAGUGUAUCUCGGAGCUCCCAUCGUGGCUUAGCGGUAACAAACCUGACUGGUAUCCAUGUGGAUGCACUUUCGAUCCCUGGCCUCACUCAGCGGGUUAAGGAUCCAGCGUUGCUCUGGCUGUGGGUAGGCUGGCAGCUGCAUCUCCGACUUUACCCCUCGGUUGGGAACUUCCAUAUGCUGCAGGUGUGGCCCUGAAAAUCAAAACAAACAAAAAAAGCAACUCUGUUCCCAGGCCUUAUGACCGCCUGUGUAUUUUAAUAUUUUGAAUGCUCAUUAAUAGCCAGGGCUCAUUAAUAGGGAGAACACUGAUUAGAGUUUUAUUUCAUUCUUGUUGAUUUCUUGGUAGGUAUGGAUCAGGGAUAGAAAUCACCAAAACAUGGUUAAUCCCAGGAAAGGAUACAGGGCUUGAAAUGACCGUGGUCUUGGCAGCUGUUUCCCCAGUAACCAGGGGUGGCUUAAUUCUGAACUUCAAAGCAAUUUUUUGUACUUAAUUUUAAGACCUCUUAUAUAAGGAAAAAUGCCUUGAUGUAUACUCUCAUAAAUGGUGCUAAAAUAUGGUACCCCUUAUAGGAGCCAGAGCAAUCUACAGUAAUGUUGGUUACUUCUGAGUAUUUCCAUAAUGGGAAAAAAAGCCAAAAUGAAUGUAUUUAAUGAGCUCCCUUCUCAUUUCCAUUGUCUUUAUGAAACUGUUUUGGUAUUGUUACCUGCAUUUUAGCAGCUUCUGACUGUUGUGAAUUUGGAGGGGAUUAAUGACCCACCUUCUCCCAUGGCGGCAGUUUUCUUUCCCUGGCAGCCGGGCCGUGAAGAGGGGGCAGCCGGCAACUUGGUGUGAACCUGGCCCCUAAGCAGAGUGUCCUGUUUGCACUGUAAAAUGUCAGCAUUUGUCAAAAACCUCACCUGCUCCGAACAAAGGUGGCCCCAAGGCUCCGGCAGCUCCAGGCCUUGCCCCCCACCCACACUCGGGACCGGUUGGGUCUUCGUCGUCACUGUCAGAGGCAGAGCCAACUUGGGGAUCCCCUGUAGCACAUUCGGCUGCUGAGGACUGUAAAAAUAAGUAACUAAAAAUAAACUUAGAAAAUAAAAACGCAGAAGCCUG